AUGACAGAUUUACUACCCGAGAAAACAAAGGAUUCAGUUCAAGAAUCAUCUAUUUCCGACAACACCAGACAACUAUCCCAAUCAGACGAUCUAGAUAAAGAAGACAAAUAUUUAGUUAAAUUCAAUGGACAAGACGAUAAAGAGGAUGCAUCUAGAUUAUCAAGACUACAUAAAUGGACAAUUGUUGGAAUAAUAUCCAUGGGGUCAGUAUGUGUCACUUGUAUCUCAUCUUCAGUGGCCCUUGCAAUCCCCCACAUUAUGGAGCAUUUCCAUGUGAGUCAUGAAGUAGCAGUGUUGAAUAUUUCAUUUUUUAUAUUAGGUUUAGGAACAGGUGGAUGUUUCUUGUCACCAAUUAGUGAGUUUCAUGGAAGAAGAGUCGUAUACAUCGGUGGAUUAUUACUUAUGAUUGCAUUCCAAUUUUUAACUGCCUUUUCCGAUAAUAUUGGAGGGGUCAUAUUUGGUAGAUUCAUGUCGGGAUUCUUUGGACUGAGUUAUAUGAGUGUUGCAAGUGGAUCUUUUGCUGAUUUAUUCAAAGCCAAUAAAAUAGAAGGAAAAGAUGCUAAUAAAGAACUUAGUUUAGCUAUGAUUUUGUAUUCAGUAGCUCCAUUCCUUGGUCCUUCAUUAGGAAGUUUAAUAUCAGGUUUUAUCAAUUCACAUUUAUUCUUUAGAUGGACUUUUUACGUGUUUAUAAUUUGGUCAGCUGUAUUACUACUCAUGGUGAUACUUUUUGUUCCAGAAACUUAUGAACCAAUCAAUUUAAAAAGAAAAGCUCAAAGAUUAAGAAAAACAACUGGGGAUGAUAAAUAUUAUGCACCAAUCGAAGUUCAAAAUGCAACAUUAUAUGAAAGUGUUUUAACAUCUUCUAAGAGACCUUUUUUGUUGUUGUUUGGAGACAAUAUGACAUUAAUUUUGAAUUUGUACACCGCAAUAACAUUGGCUAUAGUGUACUUAUUUUUUGUUGCAUUCCCAUACAUUUUCAGUACUGUUUAUAACUUCACUCUUAGUGAACAAGGUAUGUCAUUUCUUGGAUUGGUUGUUGGUAUGGUAUCGACAUGUUUGGUGUCGCCUUAUUUCAUAAACAAAUCCUAUGUUGCAUUACUUAGAAGAAAUAAUGGAGUUGGUAAACCAGAAUUUAGGUUUAUCCCACUUAUGAUAGGAGCAUUUGUUGUCCCUAUUGGAUUAUUUAUCAUAGCUUGGACUUCCUACUCUCACGUGCAUUGGAUUGCACCCAUUAUUGGAUCAACUAUUUAUGGAUCGGGUACAAUUCUUGUAUUUAACUCCAUUUUCGCUUACACUGUUGAAGCUUAUAGAUUAUAUGCUGCCUCUGCAAUGGCUACAAAUAGUUUCACGAGAUCUUUCAUGUCCUGCAUUUUCCCGUUGUUUGGGUUGCAAAUGUAUGAACGAUUAGGAAUUCAAUGGGCUACCACUUUGCUUGCAUUGAUCACGUGUUUGUUAAUUCCUAUACCGUUUCUUUUCUUCAAAUAUGGUGAAUAUUUACGAAGCAAGAGUAAGUACACUUGGAGUACUGAUUAA